CGGUGCGGGGCCGGCCCCGGGAGCAGUUCCGGGGCAGCCGCGGCGUGAGGGCGGUGCGGGGCCGGCCUCCGGAGCAGUUCCGGGGCCACACGGGGGCGGCUCCCGCUUCCUUGGCGGGCUGUUCGGGGGCGAUGUCCGGUGUCACUGCCCCUCCCUCGGCGGACGAUUCGAAGACGAUGUCGGUCGGGCAGGACCCUUUGUCGCUGUGCCCGGCGCUGGAGUACUCGCUGUCGCUGCUGGAGCCGGGCGCGGGCCGGGCCGAGCAGCAGCGGCGGCGGGCGGAGGCGGCCCCCAUGCCCAUGGUGUUCCUGUGCGCCGGCUGCAGGCGGCCCGUGGGCGACACCUCCAGCUGGGUGUCCAACGACGAGGAGAGCGGCUGCAUCCUGCUGCGCAGUGUGGCCGCCAGCGUCGCCGUGGACCCCGAGCGGAAGAUCUCCAAUCUCCCCGGCGAGUGCGGAUGCGUAGUAGAAACCUUAUUCUGCUCUGGCUGCUCAAAGACACUUGGCAGCAUCUACAGGUGCACCUCAAGGAACCUCGACUACAAGAGAGAUUUGUUCUGUUUCAAUGUUGACUCUGUUGAAAGCUACAUUCUAGGAACCCCGGAGAAGCGAGCUGUUAUUAAUGAGGAGCCUCUUACUCUUGAAAGUCAAGCUGUCUUGCAAGAUGUGCUGGAAAAGGUGGAUAUGGUAUUCAAAGUUCUGGAGACAAGACUGACCACUGUGGAGUCCCGUGUGGCUGCUCUGCAAAGGCAGGUCUGACAGGAAAUACCUGCUGAACUGCAGGAGAAGGGCAAAGAUUGUACCUGCUGAAAGGCUGAGGUGAGACCAGGAUCUGUAAAAUCCCUGACUCCCUGUCUUCCUGAGGCUGAAGCCAUGUUUGCUGUCAAUGACGACUUAGUGGAAGAUGCUGAAGACUGAAAGCUUCGGGUUUUUUCCCCUGAAUCCCAAGAGUCUCUCUGCAGCUGUGCCCUGUCUAUCUCUUAAAAGAGUUUCUGAGUCUAGAAAGGUUUUUAUAUUCUACAAUAUUUAUCUAUAACUCAGUUAAAAGGAAUCAUACUGUAUCAAUGUGGUGUUUAUUUUUUUUUGAGUUGGUUAAUUAAAGCAAAUUAUUGAUAAGGGCU